GCACGUCAGUCCGCCGAGCUACGGAAAGCCGCGGGGUCCACGGCGCGCGCCCAAGUGACGGAGCUGAGCGCAGCGGCCCCGAUCAGACGAUGAUGUCGGAGCAGGACGCCGGGAAGUGCUCCAGCGCUCGCAACCGUGGCGGCGUCCAGAGGGUUGAAGGGAAACUCCGAGCGAGUGUCGAAAAAGGCGACUAUUAUGAAGCUCACCAGAUGUAUCGCACUUUAUUCUUUAGGUACAUGUCCCAAGGAAAAUACACAGAAGCCCGAGAGCUGAUGUAUUCUGGCGCAUUACUUUUCUUCAGCUAUAACCAGCAAAACAGCGCUGCCGACUUGUCGAUGCUAGUGUUGGAGUCUUUGGAGAAAUCGGAUUCAGCCAUUGCAGAUUACAUAUUAGAAUGCUUGGCAAAACUGUUCAGUCUGAUGGAUCCAAACUCGCCUGAAAGAGUCGCCUUUGUUUCCAGAGCGCUGAAAUGGUCAGCCAAAGGUUCAGGAAAGUUAGGACAUCCGAAGCUCCACCAGCUUCUCGCCAUUACGUUAUGGAAAGAGCAAAACUAUGGUGAGUCUCGAUACCACUUCUUGCACUCCUCAGAUGGAGAAGGGUGUGCGAAUAUGCUGGUAGAAUACUCGACAUCCCGGGGUUACCGCAGUGAGGUGGACAUGUUUGUCGCCCAAGCAGUCCUACAGCUUCUUUGUUUAAAAAAUAAGACGGGUGCAUCGGUAGUCUUCACGACGUACACAGAGAAGCAUCCUUCAAUAGAAAAAGGUCCACCUUUCGUUCAGCCUUUACUAAACUUUAUUUGGUUCUUGUUGCUGGCAGUGGACGGGGGUAAAUUAACAGUUUUCACAGUGUUAUGUGAACAGUAUCAGCUAUCAUUAAAGAGAGAUCCAAUGUACAAUGAGUACCUCGACAGAAUAGGACAACUUUUCUUUGGAGUUCCACCAAAACAGCCAUCUUCAUAUGGAGGAUUGUUAGGAAACCUUCUGAACAGCCUGAUGGGCUCUGGUGACGAGGACGACGCUGACGAAAGGCAGGAUGACAGCAGUCCCAUCGAGCUCGACUGAACACGACUGCAGCGGCGUAUUAGGACUGCAUGGAUCUGACACGAUAUUUUAAUAAUAAAAAAAAAAAAGCCAAUUAUUCUGAACUUCUGUGUUGCGUCACAGCAGCGGGGGAGGGGCUUUCGUUUUUUUUUUUUUGUUUUUUUAUUUUGAAAUUGGGUGCCGACGAAUGAUGACGUAGUUGAUGGCUGGCCGGCACGGAGGCGCUCUAGUAAACCUGCAGGUGCAUGCUGGGAGUGGGUGGGGCUUUAGAAAUCCAGCAAAUCGCGUCUACUGGUGACGCUGGCGAGGGUGCCCAUCACGUCAGCUAAACGUCCCCGUCCCGAGCAGAGGCUGCACUUCAGCAAUAACAGCCGAGGCUGACCCUCCGUAUCAUCCGGGUGACCGAAGCCCAUUCGCUCGUUUAGAGGCUUUACAGUCCGCAGAGGCUCCGGCCGUUCACCCACCUGUCCAUUACUUUUUGGAUGUCAUUGUGUGGUGGUCUCUGCCCAUUUUGAGCCGUGCCACACACGUUUAGCUCCUGCUUGACAGAUGCGUUUGCCACUAACUGGCAAGGACAAGAAUACUGCGGGGUUUGC